UAGAAAAUGUAUUACUUUUUCUAUCUACAAUAACAUUAACAUGCCUUUAUGUUGAUGUGAAAGCAGGACGCCUCCAUUUCUUCCCAGAUGUCUGACUGUGACAUCCGAUCUUCCUGAGCCUCACACUAAGACUGCAGGAGGAUUAGAAACAUCAUUCAAUGUGUUUUUACUUAUAUAGUCUGUUUCACAUUCAGAGGGAAUUAGGAAAUUCAAAGCGGAACUAAAAGUCUGUUUCGUGUUUCUUCAGUGGAGCCACCGUGAAACACAGGAAAUGAAAACAAAGCCCAGAUAGCUGCGUUAGCUUUUCUUCAGUUUUAAUGUAGUUUGUAGACGGGUUUGGUGUAUUUGGCAAAUAUUUGAGUGUUUGCAGUAACUCUGUCUUCACUUUAGUCCCAGAGAGAGUUAAUCAACGAGCAGCUAACUGCUGCUGAAGAAACUUUAACGGACCUUUAUAAAAUCAUCGUCCAGUCCGAGGAAGAGAUGGAUGAUCAGCCCAGACUGCUGUUCUCCCGGAUUCCCCUGAUAAUCUUACACCGAAUAGAUCGCCCACGAUGCUGUGUGUGUAAAGAGGAGGUUCUCAAUAAGCUCAGCAACCAGAAGAGGAAGUCCACUUUAAAUGAAAAGGAGCUGGAAGAUCAACAGUUCAGAGAGGAAGAGAAUCAACUCUGCAUCAGUCAGGAUGAAGAGCAGCUUGUGCUGAAACAAGAGACUGGAGACAUUUUAGUGACUCCUUCUAAUGUACAAAAACUCAACAAUGAAACAGAACCAAACCGGAACCAACUCGUCUCUCAAGCUUUUCCAGAAGAUGAGAACCAGGUUGAGGAAGGAAGCAAUUUUGGAGACCCAGGAGAAAAGAGAGACAAAGAGCAGAAACAAAACAAGAGAUGUCAGAAAACCAUACGGCAAAAAGGAACUACUGAAGGUCCAAAACAAGAAAAGCACAAAAAAUCUCACCUAAAGAAAAAAUUAUAUCCUUGUACGGUUUGUGAUAAAAUCUUUUCCGGAAACGAGUGUUUGACGAGACACACAAGAAUUCACACAGGUGAAAAGCCUUUCACAUGUAUUAGUUGUGGAAAGAGUUUCACUCUGAAAAGUAAUUUAGCUACUCACAUGAGGAUUCACACAGGUGAGAAGCCUUUCACAUGUAUUAGUUGUGGGAAGAGUUUCACUCAUAAAAGUAAUUUAGCUACUCACAAGAGGAUUCACAAAGGUGAGAAGCCUUUCACAUGUAUUAGUUGUGGGAAGAGUUUCACUCAGAAAAGUAAUUUAGCUACUCACAAGAGGAUUCACACAGGUGAGAAGCCUUUCACAUGUAUUAGUUGUGGGAAGAGUUUCACUCAAAAAAGUCGUUUAGCUACUCACAAGAGGAUUCACACAGGUGAGAAGCCUUUCACAUGUAUUAGUUGUGGGAAGAGUUUCACUCAUAAAAGUAAUUUAGCUACUCACAUGAGGAUUCACACAGGUGAGAAACCUUUCACAUGUAUGACUUGUGGAAAAAGUUUUACGAAGAGAAAAGGAUUAACUUCUCACAUGAGGAUUCACACAGGUGAAAAACCUUUCACAUGUAUUAGCUGUGGAAAGAGCUUCACUCAAAAAUGUAGUUUAACUACCCACAUGAGGAUUCACACAGGUGAGAAACCUUUCACAUGUAUGACAUGUGGAAAGAGUUUCACUCAAAAAUUUAGUUUAACUACCCACAUGAAGACUCACACAGGUGAGAAACCUUUCACAUGUAUUACUUGUUUAAAAAGUUUCACCCAUAGAAAUAGUUUAUCUGUUCACAUGAGAUCUCACAGUAGUCAGACUAUUUAAUGUGAACCUCAAGUACCAAGUUGCUCUGUAACUUGUCUUAUUCUGUAAUUACACCUGAGUGAAGUUGCCCCUCCAUAACUCCUCCCACAGUCUUCAAAUCUAACAAAGUUCCUGUCAAACAUUUUUGCAGCAACAAAAAAAUCACUUUGCUGCUUUUGCUUUGAAAAUAUUGAUGAUGACCUCAGAUGACCUCUGGAUAUCUUUCUAUUUUUUUUUUUACUAAUAUCUUUAAAAUUAUACCUGAAGACAGUGGGGUGAGUUGUUGUAGGGCAACUUCGCUCAGGUAGUAAUUACAUCUGGAUCACAUUUUAAAAUAUUUAGUUUAGUUAAAACAGCUUUUCAGUUAAGAGUUAUAAUUGUAGUUACAUAUUAGAUUCAUGUUAUGGGUUCAUGUUUGGACCGGUAGACUACAGCUACUAGGAUGGGGAUUAAUGUUUUCUGUAUUUGAAUGUAAACAUCACUCAUUAUUACUUUCAUUAUGUUUUAUGUUUCUGUUUCAAGAUAGAAAUAAUGAAUCAGAGUGAAUGUCAGACUUUGUGGUUUUUAUGUAAUAAAGUAAAUUUCCCAUUGUGAUGUUUUUUUUUCUCCAGUUUAGCUGUGGAUUGUGACUCGUUUAAAGGUGUAGUUGGUGGCUGCAUGCAUCAGUGAAACCAAGCUUAGACUAGUUGGACACCAUCUGUUUUAUUCACCAAGCUUAUAUUCAAAUUGAAAAAUACU